AUGGAGGUGCGGUGGUACGAUGGUUACGAGUAUCUGGGCAGUGUGUUUACGAGAGCGGUGCGGACGGUGGUGGCGCUGGACAGGGAGGCGGCGCGCGGCUACUGGCUGUCCAUCGUGGUGUCCGACGGGGGAGCGGCGCCCCUCACCGACACCUGCCACGUCUUCGUGGAGGUCGAGGACGUGAACGACCACAUGCCCCAGACGGAGGAGCCCGCCUACCACACCUACGUGGCCGAGAACCUGCCGCCGGACACCUCCGUCAUAGCGCUGCGGGCCUCGGACGGCGACCUGGCGCCCUCCAACAUCUCCUUCGCCAUCACCAAAGGGAACCAACUGGCGCGCUUCAAGAUACACCCGCAGACAGGCGCCCUCACAACCCUGGUGCCGCUGGACAGGGAGGAGCAGGCGGAGUACGAGCUGUGGGUGCGGGUGAGCGACGGCCAGCUGUCCUCCGUCACCCCGGUCUUCAUCACCGUGAGCGACGUCAACGACAACCCGCCCGAGUUCCUGGAGCCGCUCUACCGCGUCACCGUCCCCGCCCGCAGCAAGACCAAGAAACGGGAGGCGCUCUUCAGGGUAAGUGGCCCCCUGCUUGAAGGCUUACACGCUCUUUAUCUCUCAUCAUAA